UCAUCUGAGGAGGUUGACCUGACCAUGGUUUAUCAGGCAGCAUCUAACGGAGAUGUCAAUGCUCUGACUUCAGUGAUUAGAGAAGACCCUUCCAUCCUAGAAUGCUGUGACAGUGAAGGAUGUACACCCUUGAUGCAUGCAGUUUCUGGACGUCAAGUGGACACAGUGAAGCUGCUGUUGAAGAUGGGAGCCAAUAUUAACAUGCAGGAUGAUUAUGGCCGCACAAGCCUAUGCCUGGCAACCUACCUGGGGUGGUUGGAAGGCUGUGUGAGUCUGCUCAGAAAUGGUGCCAAGCACAACAUCCCGGAUAAAAAUGGUCGUCUGCCCCUGCAUGCUGCCACUGCUGAGCCAGACGUGAGGCUCCUAACAGUCCUGGUACAGCAGUCAAAUCUCAGCGAGAUUAAUCACCAGGACAAUGAGGGAAUGACACCACUACACUGGGCAGCUUUCCACAACCGGCCUCAACACACCCAAAUGCUGCUGAAGAAGGGGGCAGACCCCACGCUUGUGGAUAAAGAUUUUAAAACAGCUCUCCACUGGGCAGUCCAGAGCGGAAAUAGAAUUCUGUGCUCUAUCAUUCUGAGCCAUCACCAGGGUCCGUCCAUAAUAAACUACGACGACGAGAGCGGGAAGACAUGCGCGCACAUUGCCGCAGCAGCAGGUUUCAGCGACAUUAUUAAUGAACUGGCAAGAGUCCCUGAGUGUAACCUGCAGGCUCUAGAUGUGGACGACAGGACACCUCUGCACUGGGCUGCAGCUGCAGGGAAGGCGGACUGUGUGCAGUCGCUGCUGGAGUUGGGCAUGGACAGCAACCUGCGAGACAUCAAGGAGAGCACACCCUUGGCCUAUGCCCUGUACUGUGGCCACACGGCCUGUGUCAAACUCCUCUCCCAGGAGAGCAGAACAGAGCCUACUCGACCCCUUCCUUCCCAGAACAGUAGAUCCCAGAGGAAGGAGGGAAGAUUCAACAUGCUCAACCAAAUUUUCUGCAAAAACAAAAAAGAAGAACAGAGGGCCUAUCAUGAGGAUCACAGCAGGGAUCAACACAGUGGGGAGCACACCUCGGGAGUCAGUGACAUCAUCACCACCUUUGAUAGCAUCGUGGGUACCAACUGCCAAGAACAGCUGAGUGAUCACGUGCCUAUGGUUGACUUUAAGAAAAGGACCUCAGAAAAUUCAAAAUAUCUCUUGCCAGAAAAGAACCCUCUAGCCCAUAAGGGGCUUCCACCAAUCAGAACACAGAGUCUCCCACCCAUCACCCUGGGCAAUAACUUCCUGACAGCUCCCCAGGGAGCCACUUCCCAUGUUGGCCUGAGCCCUGGUACUCAUCAUAUGGCCCAGCAAUCUCAAAAAAGCCGAAGUGAGCAGGAUUUGUUGAAUAACAGAACUGGUUGCCAGGCAUUGCUUGAUAACCCCUGGAGAGGUGAUUCUAAUCAGGUGUUUUAUAAAGCUUGGACUGUGUCAUCUUCUGAUCAACUGCUAGACAGACUGCUUACCCGCAGAUCCAUUCCCCAAGAGGUCUCAGGGCUGCCACAUCUUCCUCAUCUAUAUACUCCUUUAUCAGGACAAAAUUUUCAGCACCUCUCCCCAAACAGACCCAAAAUCAGGGAUCUUCCUCUCAUCCGGAACAACCUUGCUCCCCUACCAGACCAAAAAUUUGUAUCUGGAGAACCUCUACGGACAACCCACGUGCUUCCUGCUAUUCCAAGCCAACGGGGACAUGGCGCACCCGCUGAAGAGAAUGAAACUGCCAGGCCCAGCAGUGAUGAAAAAAACUAACUGUGGGUCACUGACUGUGAAAACAGACAUUGUAUAUAUUUUCAACUGUCAAAGGAUUAGAUUACUCUAGUUUAUAAGAACAAAGACUGAUUUAGUAAAUUGCAUUCUAUAAGCCAUUCAGUUUUAUAACUCAAAAUUCUUUAUUCCAAAUAGAGACAUUUCCCAAGUCAGCACUUAAAAUCUUUGAUUGUGUACAUACUGUAAGUCUGUGUUUGUGACCUCUGCAUGCCAAAAUAAGAAGUCAAAAUAUGUCAUCAACAAGGAAACUUAGUUCUGUUUGUUUUGCUUUGGGGCAUAUUUGCUGACUCCUUUUUUUGCUGAAUGGUUUUACAUUUUUUUUAAAGUCUAUGCUUUGCUGAAUAAAAAAACAAAGAAAAGCACGUUCCAUAUUUGCUCUUCAUAUCUAUUGU